AUAACAAAAGCCCAGAAAAACCCCACGAAACCCAAGUGCGUGAGCGCAAGUGCGCAACAGAGCCCGAACCCCAUCCACCCACCCUCCUCCGACUCUCCGAGCUCAAGGGAAGCGAGGCGAGAGCUCGAGGCGGCGAUGGCGGCGAACCUGGAGGAUGUGCCAUCGCUGGAUCUGAUGCACGAGCUUCUCCGCCGCAUGAAGUGCAGCUCCAAGCCCGACAAGCGACUCAUCCUCAUCGGUCCACCUGGAUCUGGCAAGGGAACACAGUCUCCUCUUAUUAAAGAUGAAUAUUGCUUAUGCCAUUUAGCCACCGGUGAUAUGUUGAGAGCUGCUGUUGCUGCUAAGACUCCUUUAGGUGUUAAGGCAAAAGAAGCAAUGGACAAGGGAGAGCUUGUUUCUGAUGAUUUGGUUGUUGGGAUUAUUGAUGAAGCCAUGAAGAAACCUUCAUGCCAAAAGGGAUUCAUUCUUGAUGGGUUCCCUCGCACUGUUGUUCAAGCUCAAAAGCUCGAUGAGAUGCUUGAAAAGAAAGGAACUAAGGUUGACAAGGUUCUUAAUUUUGCAAUUGAUGAUGCAAUUUUGGAAGAAAGAAUCACUGGCAGAUGGAUCCAUCCCCCCAGUGGUAGGAGUUACCACACAAAAUUUGCACCCCCAAAGGUUCCUGGAGUUGAUGAUGUCACUGGAGAACCACUGAUUCAAAGGAAGGAUGACACAGCUGAGGUUUUGAAGUCUAGGCUUGAAGCUUUCCACAGACAAACUGAACCGGUGAUUGAGUAUUACUCCAAGAAGGGCAUGGUGGCGAACCUUCACGCUGAGAAGCCACCGAAGGAAGUGACGGCUGAGGUCCAGAAAGCCCUCUCUUAACGUACCACCAUUUUGGAGAUCAAAUUGUGAAACUCUAAUUAGUUUACUUUUCCUAAAAAAAACUCUAAUUAGAUCUUAUGAUGAUGUUGUAGAGGUCAGAAUUGAUACUGACGUGCCAAGGUUUAAAGUUCUCUAUUUUCAUCUGAUACUUGAUCAGAUAAUGAGCACCGUAAACGUCACCGGGUUUUCUUUUGCAAUAAUCCUUGGCAUGAUGGAACGCGAUGUUUUGUACUAAUUCUUUGACAGUGAGUUUGAAUUUUGACGAAGGCUCCCUCUAUU